UCUUGCAUUAAUGAUAAAAUAGUUCUCAUUGCUUAAGUUCAUCUUUCUGCACAUCCCAUGUGUUGGCUAGUUUGAGCUUAAAAUGCUUUAAAAAUGGGUUUGUUUCAGGGGAGAAUUGUAUGUGGGGGCGGGAAUGGGACUAACAACAAAGCUUAGGUGAUUGCCUAAGCUUUCAUGGCAGUGAAGACAGGCCCUUAGAAAAGAUAAGCCCUGUAAAACAGGUAAGGGCACCCCCACAUGUUGACCACAGCAGUAAAGGAAUGAGGGAUGUUUUUUUCACAAAAGUCUUCUGUAAGAAGACAGUAAAGCAAAUAAAGAAAAAAACUAAUUAAGCACUUUUUUGGGGUUUUUUUCUAACUUCCAGCUAUUUUUGCAGGAGAUAGAAUCUAUCAGAGAGACAGAAAAAUAGGAACAGAAACUGGAGUAAUUUGCGGUGAGACACUACUCUCCUCUGAAUAAAGAUGGCAGAAAUCAAUUCUCCUGUAAAUAUCAAGGAAAAGAUCAAUGCAAUCCGAUCAAUUGUUCCAAACAAAAGCAAUAAUGAGAUAGUUCUGGUGUUGCAGCAAUUUGAUAACAAUGUAGACAAGACUGUUCAAGCUUUCAUGGAUGGCAGUGCAACUCAAGUUCUAAAGGAAUGGAAUAUGACAGGGAGAAAGAAGAACAAUAGGAGAAAAAGAAGCAAAUCUAAACAGCACCAAGGUAAUAAAGAUCCUAAAAACAAGAAUAGUGGACCUGAGAAGGCAUCUCAAGAGCCUCAGCGAAUAAAUGAUUGUCAUAUGAAUGGAUGCCCUAAGGACACCUCUGGCCGUGGUUCUGCCAAUCAGAAACUGGAAAGCACUUCUCUUGAGAACAAAGGCUCCACAUUUGUAGGGUCGGCACUGAACUGUCCAGAAAUCAGAGACAGAGAACGAGAACGCCAGAGAGUACCUGUGGAAUCAAGCCCAAAGACUGUGAAUGGAGUAGAACAGCAUGAGCCCCGUCAGUCACCAGUUCAGCUCCAGUGUAACCUAGGCAGGCCAAAGUCAAAAUCUUCCUCAGUUAAAUCACCCAAUGUGUCAACCCAACUUGAAACAAAGACAGAUGAUUCAGUCAAAAAAAGAGGGCCAAACAUUGAAAAGUCAGUAAAAGACUUGCAGCGUUGCACUGUUUCUCUAACCAGAUAUCGUGUGAUGAUCAAAGAGGAAGUGGAUAAUUCAGUUAAGAAGAUCAAAGCUGCUUUUGCAGAAUUACACAGCUGCAUCGUAGACAAAGAAGUGUCAUUAAUGGCAGAAAUUGAUAAAGUUAAAGAAGAAGCCAUGGAAAUCCUGACUGCUCGGCAGAAGAAAGCAGAGGAGCUGAAGAGACUGGCAGACCUAGCCAGUCAGAUGGCUGAAGCACAACUCUCUGAACUCAGGGCUGAAAUUAAGCACUUUGUGAGUGAACGGAAAUACGAUGAAGAGCUGGGCAGAUCUGCCCGAUUUUCCUGUGAUACAGAGCAGCUGAAGACCCAGAUUCAGCUCUGUGGAGAAAUUUCUCAUCCAAAGAACAACUAUUCCUCAAGAACACCAUGUAGUUUACUGCUCUCUUCAAUGACCUCGCAUGCAACAGCUGGCAAGCAAAAUACGCACAGCCGAAAGUCCUCUAGUAAUGCCAAGAACUCUGAUAAUAAAACAGCCAGCAGUAAAGUACAAAGUCAUCCUUCUUCCAAUCCUACAGAAUCUUCUUCUCAAGGAGUCCCAACAAAUAAGCAGAAUGGGCCUUCUAGCCAGAGACGGAGAUUCAACCCACAGCACCAAAACAUGCGGCUCAAUGGAUCUCAUAAGUCACAAGGUGCCAGUAAUGAGGCAGAUCAAACUACCAAGAGUGGUUCCAAGUCUGAACACAGAAGACAGCAGCAUAACAGCUUUCGAUCUAAAAAUAAAGGAGCUGUGAAAAAUCAAGAGCAGUCUACAACUGCAAGGACCACAGAGAAUCCGACACAUUCAGAGAAGUCCCGACGGAAGCAUCACACACCGGACACCGCAGAGCACAGGCCUUUCCAAGGCAGUGUUGGCAGGGUGUCACAAUGCAAUUUAUGUCCUGCAAGGAUGGAGGUCUCUACUGAUGCCACUGUUCUUUCAGUGCCAGCUGUGACUUUGGUGGCUUAAAAUGUCGCAGUGAUGGCUGCCAGAGAAAUUCAAUCUCUUCAUUUUAGUUUGUUGCUCAAAAAGCUUGUUGGUGAAGAAAAUAAGUCAGAACAUAGUCUUUUAAAUCUUUUGCUGCUUAAAACUUGUUGGUAUCUUUAUUACUUACUAAUUAUCAAAAUUAAAUCAUACUUUCAAGGCUUUCCCCAAUAUGUUCACAUUUAUUUUGUCAUGACUGUAUGGAAUCUUAACCAAAGCAGCAUUUACUUCUUAGAAAAACGAAAUCUAGAUUGGAAAGAUAAAUUGGUAAUUAAAUUCAUAAUAGCAAAAACCUAUUGUAGAUAUGUGGUUAUAUCAGUCAACAUUAUUAUUUCAUAGAACAGCCUGUGUUAGAAGGAUCCCUGGAAGUCUGUAUGCUAUGGUCUGCAAUGAAAUCAAAUAAUCUUGUAGAAUUUUUCAGGAAAUCUCUAUACACCUCUUUGUUUCUGUGCGUGUAUACACGUACAUGCAUGCACACUAUAUUCACAGAGAGUAUUGUUCUAUACAAGAAGAGUUGAAAAAGCAGUUCAUUUGAUUUUAGCUUAUUAUUCCAUAAUCUGGGAUCUUUAAAUUCAAGUAUAAAUUGUAUUAAAUGUAUUACAUAUUGUUAUUUUUCAUGGACAAACUAUUUUUAUGAGGCUGAGGAAAUAUGCUCAUUUAAGUUUGGAAUGUAUAUAGUAAUGGCUACUCAGAUGCACAGCCCUGUUCUCCAUCCUUAUCAGCCACUUUUCUAUGACUAGUUGGAUUUAUUUUUUGCAUAUGAAAAGUUGCAGGUCUUCUAGACUUGAAUUCAAAUUAUUUUUCUAUAUUUUUGCUGUAGGAACCAUCUGUCCAUAACAAGAGCUAUGACUAAUAAAUUACUUAGUCUUUAUGUUCUGAGUCUGUAUUUCAGAAAACCUGUUUCUUCCAAAUAAUUAAAAUCUUCUUUCUAAAAUACUCUGGUGUUUGCUGCUUUGCAGUGCCUAACCUUGUGCUCUUACUCAGAUUGUGGAACUGGUAGCAGUGGGAGGCUUUCAGCUGAGUUUGGACUGGACUAGGCUUUUGCUUCUAGCUCGAUUCUAAUGCCACAGCGCACAAAACAGCCUUGCCAUGAGAGCCACCUCCAUGCUGAGCAUAUUUUACAGUAAGUUACUGUUUAAUGUAGUAAGGUGUCAGAAUCCAGAGUUGGCAUCAAGUGACCUGUUGGCCUAAGUGUCAGAAUCUGAAAGGUUUAAAGGUCAGUGAGACUGACCUCCUGUCGAGCUCAGUAAGAGCAGGAGGACACUUGAGUUGCUUUAAAAGUUUACACCUAGGUGAUUGUUCACUAUUGCUUUUUACCAACUUGCUUUGCCUAAUUUCUGUUCUCUUGACUGUACAUUUCCUUAGUACUGACUGGAUUACUCCCUCCUGGGGCCCUUGAAAAAUAAUCUCCAAGGGAAGAGGAUAGUGCAUUCCCAUAUUUUGAUUUUUCUUCAUAUGUGUAUACAGUGUCCCACAUGUGAAUAUUGGUAAAACCUAUUUUUAAAAGACCAGUAACUCAUUGUCAUCUGAAAGAGUGGCAAUUCAAGUGAAAGAAAAAUAAACAUGUAUGUAGACAUUGGCUUUCUUAGCACUGCAAGCACUGUGCUAUUAUCCUAGUUAAUUACUUUAUCACACUGUUAAGCUGAAUGUUUUGGAGUAGUGGAACUGAAAUUUCAGAAUCUCUGUUAUGCAUAUCCAUCAGAUAGAUAGAUUUUCAGAAUUUAUCUGCUGCCUUACAAUUUCACUGUAACCUCACUCUUAAGAGAUUUAAUUAUAAAUUCCACGCAGAUAUUACACAAUAACUUCUUAUAUUAUCCAUAUGUAAGUUGUGAGAUGUGUCUCUUCUUGUAAUCCUUCCUAAAAAAAGAAAAUCAAACUUAACUGUAAUAACAUUUAUUCCUUCCUUAUAGCUGCUACACCUGAUUUUUGCAUUAUUGAAAAUUACUUUAUUCCUUAAGUCACUUUCUCACAAGUGACCUUCUGCAGAUAAAUAAAAUCUGUAACAUAACUCAGCACAA